GGCGUUGGUAAAUCUGAGAAGUAUACUACUGCUUCGGUAGGUGAGGACUGCUGUAGGAGACAAGAUGAAGAUGUUCUUUGUAAAUGUUUUCCUGCUCUGCUCUUUAUGUGAGGACUGCUGUACUGAAGAAGGAGACAAGAUGAAGAUGUCCUUUGUGAAUGUUUUCCUGCUCUGCUCUUUGUGUGCAGCACAGUUAAGUGAAGUCUCUCAGCCUGAACCUUUGAAAACAGUGAAGAUUGGCCACUCAGCUACUAUUAAAUGCUUCAUAAAGAGCGCAUCAGUGAAAAGAAUGUGGUACAAGGUGACUACAGGGAGGAAACUACAGCUGGUGGUAAAAACUAAUUCUCAGUAUAAUGUGAGAGAGUUCAGUGAUGAAUUUGUUAACCGUUCUUCAGUUAAAUUUGACAUGACUAACAAUCAUCUGACCAUAAAUAAAACAUCAUGGGAAGAUGUUGGAACAUACUUCUGUGGAGUCUUACACAUAAGUGAGGUUCAGUUUGGGUCAGGAACAUUUCUGAUGUUGACAGGUGCAAAGACAAUCAGUGACUCUGUCGUCCAGCAGCCAGAAUCAAAGUCAGUGAGGUCCGGAGACUCUGUGACUCUCAGCUGUUCUCUUCACUCUGCUCAAUGCACAGCAGAACUCACUAGUUUCAUGUGGCUGAAAAACUCGGAUCAUUCUGCUCCAGAGAUGAUUUAUUGCUCUGACAAUAAGAACAACAGUUUCCAGGGAACCGGCAGAGGACGAACUACCUGCGAGUACAACUUUGUCGUCAGGAGCCGGGAUGACGCUGGGGUCUACUACUGUGCUGUCAAUGCAUGUGGACAAAUACUGCUUGGAAAUGGGACAAGAAUAAUUCAUGCAGACACUGAAAGCAUACCACUGAGUCCGACCGUUAUUGCACUGAUGCUGUCAAACAUGGUUCUUGGAACUGUGACGCUCCUCCUUGUAGUGACAUUUUGCAAGACAAGAAUGAAAAAAUCUGCAGAAGCAGCCGAUGAAGGCGAUCAGACUGAUGAUACAGUCAUCUACACAUCUGUGGGUUUGGCUCACAAUAGUAUCAGGUCCAGACAAACUACAGUAAAAGCCAAUGGAGACGCUGUAAUUUACUCUACACUCAAACCCUGACAACAGAACAUCAAAGUUUCAUCAUGGGAAUACGACCAAGCUAUGACAAAUAAUGGCUAAGGGAUGUCUUGCAAUGCUCAUGAUGGCUGCUGGAUUUUGUUCUGUGUGUCUUGUGCCUUUAAGAGUUUCUGCAGGUUCUUCCUGAUUGGAAAUCUUUCUCAGUCACUGAAGCUUAGUACAUUUCGGCAACUUCACUUAAACUGUAUUUUUAUAUACUUAAGAUUUAAAAACCAGCAUGAUUUCCAUGGACUGUCAUAUUUAAAAACCUGCUUAUCACUAACGGAAUGUAUUUCUCUUCAGUUAUUUACUGUAUGUUGCACUGUAGAGACAAAAUGUACUGUUUUAAAAUAAUGCUACUUUUGGAUGAAAGUCUUUCCAUUUCACAAAUUGUCCUGCGGAGUGCUGUCCUACCUUUCUUUUUGUAGGUGACUGAGAUAUGAACCUGUGGAAUUGUUUGCUGUGACUCUACAAACCA